GGAUGGCAGCACUCCGCUUAUUUUGAUCGGGCACAGUUUAGGUGGAAUUCUGAUCAAGCAGGCUCUCGUCAAUGCAUGGGCCAACGAGAAAUAUAGGGGCAUCAAGGAAGCGACGUACAGCAGCCCUUUGUUUUAUGCAAGCUUUUAAGCUGACUCCUGACUAGCUCCGCAUUGGUCUUCUUCGGUACGCCGCACUCGGGACCUUCGAGGAACAUGCAGAUUGGGCUCGGCAUGGCUUGUGCCAGGAUUGCCCGGUCGAUGCCCUUGAAUCAAACAUCCAAGAUCAUAGAGAUCUUAGAAGGCGGAACACUAUUCUCGGACCUGCUCACUGAGUCCUUCCGACACCAGCUGGAACAAUACAAGAUUCUCUCGUGCUAUGAGGGAGUUGGUGAUAUUGUACCCUUCGACUCUGCUGUUCUGGGACUCCCUGGUAAACGCGAGACGCAGCUUCGGAUUAACGCAGAUCACAGCAACAUAUGCCGCUUCGACAUGACCGUCCAGGCAGAUAAGGAUAACUAUCGAAAGGUGGAACGGAACCUGCAAAUGCUCUGUGCAGAUGCCCUAGUCCCGAAGGCCGGGCAGAUUGCAAGAUCCGAUGUACCUAUGAAGAAUUUAGCCUCCCAGGGUGGCGUUGAUCUAUCUAGCAUCCUGCUACAACAACUGGAUCCUGGGGUGAUAAGCCACGGUAACCUAUUGCCGAGAAGCACAGGACCCCGCUUCGCAGACGUCCCAGAUCUCGCAUGGCAAGUCUACCAAUUAUGCGAACAGUCACAAGCGGCCGCCUUCGCUGACGCCGCAACGGAUGUCUCCCGUCUGUUUAUCGGCGUCCGCAGCCUUAAGGAUCGACUCGAAACUGACACAUUUUCAACUGACAACACGGACAAAAUUAUGGAGGUCUUGAGCAAGUGCUGCCGAACGCUCCGAUCCUUCCAAUCCGUGAUCGACAUUUACCGGAAUACUCCGCAGAGGGGUCGAGCGCACUGGAACAGCAACAGCUCCCGGGAGGAAUUCUACGGGAUGGAGACUCUCAAAGCGGACCUCCAAGGUAGUAUUGAACUAAUAAGCACUCUAAAUCAGGAUCUGACAAGGCGUUCCAUGAACGACUUAACUCAAAGGCUGGAUGAAGUAAUAGAGAUGCUCAAUAGCGGCGAUGAGAACUUGUCUUCUCUUUCGAGUCAGCUGUCUCGAGCUUCGCUUUCCGAUGUGGAAAGUUGGAGUGAUAUAUGUUCGGACUUGGUCAAGGCCGGGUUAUCUCCGAGUAUUGUAUCCGAGCAGAGGGAAUAUAUCCAACAAUGGCUACUGAAUGCCGUCAAGGCUGGUCGAGUCAAUGUCGACUCAAUCCCAGACGAGGCCGGUCAAGCGGUUAGCUAUGCCCGACACAUUGAACAAGAUGGGCAUGCAACCAACGGCGGGGACGAGAGUAUAAUGACCAUCAGGAAUCGCAAUGGCAGUCCAUCUCUCAGACCUCCUUCAGACUUGACUCGCCGCCUUUCCGACAGCUCGCAACAGCUCGAAACAGACAAAACAGACACCACCACUAGCUCAGCACCUAAAAACAAACGCGCCUUGAAAAGCUGGACUCACUCCCUCGCUAGCAAGCUCCGGUAUGGAACUUUCAACGCUCACGACGCUAUCGAGAGAGCCGCUCUCACUGGUGAUCUCUCAUCAAUGCAGAAGAUCCUGGCGUCCACCAAGAAACUCGAUCCGGCCUGGCGCGGCUGGGACGAGAUUGAGAUUCUAUCUAUGGCUACUGACCAAGGAAACAUUGCAGUGCUGAGUGACCUACUGGCUCUUGGCGUAUUUGCCAGCCGGAAAGACCAGCUGUGCAGUUGCCUCUCUUCUGCCGUUGAAAGGAAAGAUAUCCAAAUAAUGACCCUCCUUUUCGACAACGGAGCACCCCUGGAGGCUAAAGCUUUUGCUUUUGCAAUGACGUUCGCUCCUGAAGGGAUCAUUGAGAGGAUGCUGGAUAGAAUGGACGGAGAUGGCGUCCUAGACCAUGAGAGCCAUGCGCAUCUGCUUCUUCAUGCAGCCGCAAAGCACGGUCACGGGAAUGCAUUCCAAUCUCUUGUUGCGCAGUACGGGGGUAUCAACGCUGCUAUCAACGAGACCACCCCAUUCCAUUUAGCCUGCCGUUCCGGAAACGCGGAGAGUAUCCAGCUCGCACUGGAUCUAGGCGGGAAUGUCAGAGUAACUGACGCGCGCGGCGAUAGCCCACUCCACGCUUACGAGAUUGGUGCGACAAUUAUGCUGCUUGUGCAAAACGGGGCGCAUCUCGACGGGGAAUCAGGUAAUGGGCAAACAGCACUCCAUUUAGCGGCUAGAUGCGCACAUAUCAAAGCAAUGGAAGCCCUGAUACAGAUGGGACUGGACCCGAACAUUCAAACCACAGAAGGCAAGAGACCAUUGCAUACCGCCUGCAAUGAUGAAUGGGUGCAGCGUAGCGUUGAGCGCUGGUUACCUUGGUAUCUUAAAAAGGAGUUCAAUGUCACUCAAUUCGUCUUAAGCCCUGUCUGUGAUAUGAAAGACCCGAGAGAAAGCACCUACUACCCAGAGAAAGUAGACGAUGCUAUACGGCUUCUCCUACAGUACGGGGCUUCAGUUGAUGUUCGUGCGAUGGAGAAUGUCACCCCACUGCAUCUUGCGUCGAAGAGCGGGAAGCCGAGCCGGAUAAAGAUACUUCUUCAACAUGGAGCUGACGCUCAAGCGGUAGAUGAUUGGGGAUGGACACCACUGCAUUAUGCCAUUAUCAGCGCAUCGCAAGAAGCAGUAGACCUGCUCAUUCCGUAUGGCGCCGACUUGAAGAAAAAAGUCCCAGUGAAGAUGAUGGGGGAGCACCGGGAACGGAUGGACACAGCUGAUCUGCUUCGAGUCGUAAAUAAAGGCGCGUUUAGAGACUGGGAACGCAAGUUGCAGCUGGAGAAUGACGAGACGACCUCUACUGCGAGGAAGUAGACAAGGCAUUUUUUCUGGAAUCUUAGAUAUUAGCUAUUCCCUUGUGUUUCUACUACUUUUAGUUGUCCCAGUAGCGCUAACCUAGUAUUCUUGAUAAAUAAUAAAGGUAAACACAGUCA